CCCAGGAUAACGCCAGCUCUCCCUCCCUAUGAGGAAAGAGAGCUACCCCUCGGACGAGAACGGCGCGCCGCUCGACACGCCCGAGUGGCGGAAUGCAGACAGCAUCCGCGACACCGCCUCCCCAAAGGACCCGCCGAUCGUCGCGGCGGUGCGCGUCUGGGACACAACACCGGAGCAGCUCGAGGCUGCGCUCGCGGCGGCCGGUGCAGACUUGGCGGGCGAGGUGAACCGGCCGGACCGGUUCGGCUUCACGCCCCUGAUGCUCGCAGUCAAGAGCAAGCAGCCGGGUCUGGUCGACAAGCUGCUGGAGGUGGAGGGCGUGCAGCUGGACGCGCAGAGCAAGCGCGGCUUCUCCGCCCUGAUGAUCGCCGCGUGGAAGGCGGACGACGCGACGAUCGACAAGCUCGUCGCCAAGGGCGCGGACUUGAGCUUGCGAGACGGCGGGGCGAGGAACGCGUGGGGCGUGGCGCACGACUGGCACAACGAGGGUACGCUCGACUGCCUCGGCAGGCACGGCCUCACCUUCACCAGCCACGGAGGCACCUCCGUCGCCUUCCCGCCCGCGCCAAAGUGGAGGCCAGGCGAGGCGUGGGACUGACUCGUCCAACUGACCCGUCCGACUGACCCGCGGGACUGACCCGCGGGACUGGAGCGCAGCGCAGGGUGACUGUGUUCGUAGGUCUAUUUUGUCCGAACACCCGCAAGACACGCAUGCCGAAUAAAAGUACAUUUAACUC